GAGCGCGGGCCCCGAAUGCGGGCGCCGGGCUCCCCGCGGCUCCAGCGGGAGGGCGCUGGGCCUGGUGCUGGCGGGCCGGGGCGCGGGCGCCUGCGGUUGGUCCCCGGGGCGGGCCUUUGGGCGUCCGGAGCUGGUUUGGAGCUCGAGGUGAAAGAGCUUGUCCUGGACAACUGUCGGUCUUGUGAAGGCAAAAUCGAAGGCCUCACAGAUGAAUUUGAAGAACUGGAGUUCUUAAGUACAAUCAACGUAGGCCUCACCUCAGUCGCAAACUUACCAAAGUUAAACAAACUUAAGAAGAAAAAGUUAGAAAACCUCAAGAGCUUAGACCUUUUCAAUUGUGAGGUAACCAACCUGAACGACUACCGAGAAAACGUGUUCAAGCUCCUCCCACAACUUACAUAUCUCGAUGGCUAUGACCGGGACGACAAGGAGGCCCCUGAUUCCGACGCCGAGGGCUACGUAGAGGGCCUGGAGGAGGAGGACGAGGAGGAUGAGGAUGAGGAAGAGUAUGAUGAGGAUGCUCAUCUAGUGGAAGAUGAAGAGGAUGAAGAAGAGGAGGAAGAAGGUGAAGAGGAGGAUGUGAGUGGAGAGGAAGAGGAGGAUGAAGAAGAUUAUAACGACUGGGAAGUAGACGAUGAGGAAGAUGAAGAAGAGGCUGCUGGUGAAGAAGAAAAGGGUCAGAAGCGAAAACGAGAACCUGAAGAUGAAGGAGAAGAAGAUGACUAAGUGGAUACCUAUUUUGAAAAAUUCCUAUUGUGAUUUGACUGUUUUUACCCAUACCCCCCAAAUCCUGACCCCCGAAACUUAUUUUUUUCUGAUUGUAACGUUGCUGUGGGAACGAGAGGGGAAAAGUGUACUGGGGGUUGUGGGGAGAGGGUGGGCGGGAGGGGGUGGAAUAAAAUACUAUUUUUACUGCCACUCUUUAUUUUUCCCCCUACUUUUUUUGUGUCUGUUUUUGUCCCUGUACACCAAGUGAGCGUUUGUUCCAUGCCCUCAGAGAGGAUGGUUCGGAGGUCUCACAUUUCCUGGUAUCUCCCGAGUCUCUCGAGGUGGUUGGAAGGCCGAGCGAGGCUGCCUCAGUUUGGUUUCUCAAAGCCCAGGAGCGGCUGAGCACCAGCCACAUCUUACCUCUUGUUCUGGUUCACGUGGUUUCUGCAUUUCUUGGGCCUGUUAGAGACAUCCAACGCCCGCCCUGGUUUUAAAUAGCAACCUAAAGGCGUAUUUUGGCACUGGCUGGGGACAGUCCCCAUCUCAUUCCCUUUCCCUCUUCACAGAUGGUGGUGGGCUUCGUUCUACGAAGAAGACUCUGGUGUCGCUCUUAGGAGUAGGAGCUAUGAGCCAGAGAGCUGAAAACAGCAGGCUCAUGAGUAAAUUGGAUUUGGUGGUUAGAAUGAAAAGAGAAGAAGCAAACCCUUAACCGUUAACCUCUUUAAAAGAUUUUUAAAAAACUCCCCUCUCUUGUUCUGUAAAAUAUUAGAACGCUUUGUUUUACAAAAUGACAAGAGAAUUCUUCCACAUGUACUCCUGUGCUUAGACCAUUUUUACAAACCUAAGUGCAGGAGACGUCGCUGCAUGUCGGCUGGGUGGGUUGGUUUGUUUUCAUACGCCCGAGCACGGACAAACUAGCGCAAAAUUGUAUUUUCUUACCUAGUGGGAAUCUGAGAUGACUGCAAAUUCCUAGUGAAUGUACAGGUUUGCUUUCGUUGUCCUCUUCUGGAUUGCUUUAGAAGUGACGUGUUUCCUGGCCCGUGUUUCAUCUGUACAAAAGAGCAUCUGCACCAGUUCCUUUCCUCCCCCUCAGAAGAGCCAAGCUUUGAGUUUUAUGUCUGUUUGUCAUUGAUAAAUUUCAAUAAAUCUUUUUAUACAAUU